GCUGACCCCGCCCCCAGCUCCCCUCCCCCUGAGCCCCCGUGCCCGGCUCGCGCCGCUCGGAGCCGGGAGGCUGGAGACCCCGCGCCCGCCCCCGCGCCCCCGCCCCCGCCGGCGUGCGAGGCGCCGCGCGCUCCUGCCGCCCUGCCCCGCGCAUGGAGGGGCCCGUUCGGAUCGCUGCCGCCGCCGCCGCCGCCGCCAGCGCGCGGGGGAUGACCUGGGGGUGGCUUUCGGAGCCGGCUGCCGUGCAGGAGGUCUGGAGGCUUAGCCAGCCCCGCGGAGAGUGAACUCCGGUGUGAGUCCAGAAAGUCAUUUCUCUGCUUUCCUUCUGAAGCACAAGUAUAUACAUGUUGCAGACUUGUGAGCCAAGGCCUGCGUUUUGCUCUGAAAGUCUGUCCUUCUUUCUUCUGUAAUUCGGCGCUAUGCAUCCAGAUCCUGGACCUUCAUGGAUACAAAUGUUUCUCACUCUCCUGAUGCUGUGCUCUUCGGUGAGUUCAGACUUGGCACCUCAUUUUAUUUCCGAGCCCCUCUCUGCUAUCCAGAAAUUUGGUAGACCUGUGGUACUUCGUUGUUCAGCCAAACCUGUGACCGCUCAUAUCUCAUGGUUGCAUGAUGGGAAAAGACUGGAUGGAAACAUGGAACAUAUUCAGAUUCAUCAGGGGACUUUGACCAUUUCUUCCCUGAGCCCCCACCUUUUGGGUUCCUACCAGUGCAUUGCCAACAACAGUGUCGGUGCAAUUGUGAGUGGCCCUGCAAAGGUAUCCACUGCAAUUCUUGGUGAUUUUGGUUCAUCCACAAACCAUGUUAUUACAGCGGAAGAAAAAAGUUCUGGUUUUAUUGGCUGCAGGGUACCAGAGAGUAACCCCAAAGCUGAGGUGCGCUAUAAAAUCCGGGGAAAAUGGCUGAAACAUUCGACAGAGAAUUACUUGAUCCUUCCAUCAGGGAACCUUCAGAUUUUGAAUGUAUCCUUAGAGGACAAGGGAUCAUACAAAUGUGCAGUUUAUAAUCCUGUCACACAUGAAUUAAAAGUUGAACCUAUUGGCCACAAACUGCUUGUUAGUCGCCUUUCUGCAGAUAAUUUUCACAUUCUUCACCCCACCCUUUCACAGGCCUGGGCUGUUCUUUCCCGCAGUCCUGUGACCUUGGAAUGUGUGGUGAGUGGGGUCUCAGCUUCUCAGGUGCAUUGGCUGAAGGACGGGCUGGCUGUUGCUCCCGGAGGCAGCUGGAGAAGGUUGUAUUCCCAUCUUGCCACAGACAGCAUUGACCCAGUGGACUCUGGAAACUAUUCUUGUGUGGUGGGAAAUGAGUCUGGAGAUGUGAAACAAGUGACUUACAUGGUUAACGUACUUGAACAUGCUUCAAUUUCUAAAGGACUGCAGGACCAGAUUGUGCCUCUGGGUACCACAGUACACUUCACCUGUGAUGUUCGUGGGAACCCAGCCCCCAACCUUACCUGGUUUCACAAUGCUCAGCCUGUUCAUCCUGCCCCACGACAUCUAACUGCAGGAAACAGGCUGAAAAUUAGUGGCGUCACUGAAGAAGAUAGUGGGCUGUAUCAGUGUGUGGCAGAUAACGGGAUUGGAUUUAUGCAGUCUACUGGAAGACUUGAAAUUCAGAAAGUACCUUUUGAAGCAAAUACAAAACCAGAAGCAGUCACACCUUAUGACACCAUUCAGAAUGAUAAGAGAGGUAGAAGAGAUGGUUUAGAAACUGGAUUAUUGAGCUUGGUUCCAGUGAAGACAUAUUCCAGGGCAGUGGGCUCAUCUUCUGAGAAGAGUGCUCGUGCCGCCUCUGUUCCUGAUGCCCCCAUCAUACUGAGCCCCCCACAGACCCAUACACCAGACACGUACAACCUGGUGUGGAGGGCGGGGAAGGAUGGUGAGCUGCCCAUCAAUGCCUAUUUUGUGAAGUACCGAAAGCUGGACGAUGGGGCUGGUAUGGUGGGAAGCUGGCACACGGUUCGAGUCCCAGGAAGUGAAAAUGAGCUCCACCUAACUGAACUGGAGCCGUCGAGUCUUUAUGAAGUCUUGAUGGUAGCAAGAAAUGCAGCUGGGGAAGGACAGCCUGCCAUGCUCACCUUCCGAACCAGCAAAGAGAAAACAGCAUCAUCAAAAAACAUGCAGGUGUCCUCUCCGCCUAUGGGCGUCCCUAAGCACCCUGCUGUUUCCGAGGCUGCAAACAGCAACUUUGGAGUGGUGCUCACAGAUUCAUCCAGGUACAGUGGAGUUCCAGAGGCACCAGAUCGGCCUACUGUCUCCACAGCAUCAGAGACAUCAGUCUAUGUCACUUGGAUUCCACGGGCAAAUGGGGGCUCUCCAAUCACUGCCUUCAAGGUUGAAUACAAACGCAUGAGGACUAGUGCCUGGCUGGUGGCAGCUGAAGACAUUCCUCCUUCUAAACUUUCUGUGGAAGUUCGAAGUUUAGAACCAGGUUCAACAUACAAAUUUAGGGUCAUUGCCAUCAACCAUUAUGGUGAGAGUUUUCGGAGCUCAGCGUCUCGUCCUUACCAGGUGGCUGGGUUCCCCAACCGUUUCUCCAACCGUCCAAUAGCUGGGCCUCACAUUGCAUAUACAGAGGCCGUAAGUGACACCCAGAUCAUGCUAAAAUGGACAUACAUUCCAUCAAGUAACAAUAACACUCCUAUUCAAGGAUUUUACAUCUAUUACCGACCAACAGAUAGUGACAAUGACAGUGAUUACAAGAGAGAUGUUGUAGAAGGUUCAAAGCAGUGGCACCUGAUUGGCCACCUGCAGCCAGAGACGUCCUAUGACAUUAAAAUGCAGUGCUUCAAUGAAGGGGGGGAGAGUGAGUUCAGCAACGUGAUGAUCUGCGAGACUAAAGUGAAACGUGUUCCUGGAGCUUCUGAGUAUCCUGUCAAAGACUUGAGCACCCCUCCAAACUCGUCAGGAAGUGGCGGGAACGUUGGGCCUGCGACCAGCCCUGCCAGAGGCAGUGACAUGCUAUACCUGGUCGUGGGCUGUGUGCUUGGUGUCAUGGUCCUCAUUCUCAUGGCUUUCAUUGCCAUGUGCUUGUGGAGGAAUCGCCAGCAGAACACCUUACAGAAAUACGACCCACCUGGAUAUCUCUACCAAGGGUCUGAUAUUAAUGGGCAGGUGGUGGAGUACAACGCUCUCUCGGGAGCAAACCGAAUAAAUGGGAAUGCUCAUAGAUGCUUCCUGGGCAGUGGUGGUCUCAGCAAUGGCUGCUCACAUCUGCACCGGAAGGUCGCAGGUGGGGUCAAUGGCCUUGUGAACGCAAGCUUGAAUGGAGGACUUUACUCUGGGCACACCAACUCUGUAACCAGGACACACGUGGAUUUUGAACAUCCUCACCAUCUAGUGAAUGGUGGUGGAGUGUACAUGGCAGCACCUCCGAUGGACCCCCUGGAGUGUGUGAGCUGUCGCAACUGUCGGAACAACAACAGGUGUUUCACCAAAACCAAUGGCACUGUCAGCAGCAGCCCUCUUCCUGCAGCCCCUGUGGCAGCAUCUUAUCCUCAGGAUGGUUUGGAAAUGAAGCCCCUCAGCCACGUGACAAUGUCUGUGUGCCUGGCAUCCACAGUCACUGACUGUGGCUGUCCGCCUGAGGAGGGCAUCGAGGGCAGUGUGGCUCUAGCAACUGCUCAGCACACUUGCUGUCAGGACAGUGUAACUGACGUCAACUCCAGCUGCACAGAAGACACAGCAGAGCUCAGCAGAGGAGAUAGCUAUGUCGCUUUAGAGACAGAAGACAAAACUUUAUGUUGGAACCCUCUCGUUUUGCCACCUGUCUCCGAGGACUGUGCUGAAAAGAUGGUGUGUCCUCCUGGUGCUCUUUCAGACAGCUCAGCAGGGGCCCUUUAGUAGCCCCAGGAGACCUGAGCACAUGCACAUGACUCAGCUCAGCUCCUUUCUCCUUCAAGCCAGCACCUGCACAAAACAGGCCCAAGAUGAACUGUAUGAAGGACCUUAAUCCAAAUCAGAGAAUAACAUUAUUUAUUUUUUUGUAGUAGUGAUGUCAUCUGAAUGUUUCUUCAAAUGUGUGUCCCUCUUAUUUAUGCCUUAAAAUUUUUCUUCCCUAUUCCUUCUUCCCCCUCAGUAAGAAAUGACCUUGUUUUACAUAGUUUUUAGUCAUCUGGAGAACAGAGAGAUCAUCUGUGCUUUCUAGGAGCCUUGGUGACACCAAGCACUCCUCACACAAAGGGUCUCAUUCGUUGGCUGAUUUCACCAGGAGGGAGUUACAGGGCUGUUUGAAGUUUGCCACCAGGCAGAUUUUCUGAUGAAAAACUGUCUGUCAAUACUGCGUUAUCAGGACAUUUUGAAAUCCACCACAGUUGUGACCUAAUGUUUAUAGUAGCAGAUCUGGCUGAUGAAUUUGUGCCUUUCACAAAAGUGACAGUGGGACCUGUUACCUUUCUGUGCAUGGGCACGAGUCAGGUCCAAACGUCUCGGCACUAGUUACAAGCAGCGUUGUGGACGUGGCUGAGUGAAAGAUCCUAUAUAAGUGCAUCAGGAUUCUUUUCCCUGUACCUAUGUAUUUUAUAAUAGAACUGCCGGCAAGAAUGUGCUUGUUUAUGCUGGUCACUAUGCAGGAGCCACUUUCAGUAGAAUUAUUGCAAUCUAGCUGAAUUAUUGCAACCUGCAGAAAGAGAACCAAGGCCAAAGAGACAUAUAACGCCUCAAUGUCCCACCACUUUAAAAUGACAUUAAUUAAUAAAAUAGGUACCAUUGGGCCCCUUUUGACUAUUUCUAUGAGUAAGAACAAAUCAAGACUUUAAGUGGUGGCUUGAAGAGAAAGAUACACAUUUUUGGAAGAAAGGGAAGGGCUCUGAGGAGCCUGUCUUGCCGGAAGACCUUCAGUCUGUUACAUGAGUAUAGGGCAUGCUCCUGGCACCACACUACCUAGAAAUAGCCAUUUUAUAACUUCCAAUGUGGGCAACAACAAAAAGAUGUGAGUGUCAGAAGAGACUAAAUUGGGAAGAAUUUUAAUUUCUUGACCUUUUUUUCCACAAGAAUGUUAUUGAUAUAAACAAGCACCUAAAACUUGGAUCGUCAGGGCUCAUACAUCAUGGUCACUGUCCCUCUAUGUGGCAGGGUCAUUUGCAGCUGUCUUUGGAAGGCUUUUCUUCACUUAAACACAUACACACACACUAAAUGAGUUUCAUGGCCUGAGUCAAGCUUUAAUGCAUACCUGCCUCCUUUGGGGUUGUAUAGCCCUUGAGGACAGAAAUAGAAAAUUAUUCUCGGGCAGUUCCAGCAUAAGACAUUUCACAGUUUCUCAGAAACUGCAGUGGCAUAGAAUAGCAUGCUGUGUUAAUCACCUUCCUAUAUAAGUGCAUCAGGAUUCUCUUCCCUGUGUCCAUAUAUUUUAUAAUAGAACUGCCAGCGAGAAUGUGCUUGUUUAUGCUACUCACUGUGCAGGAGCCACUUCCAGUAGAGUGCAGCGGACACAACUCCAUAGCUGGACAUUAGAGAUGCUAUGGAAGCAGCUUCUGCAUCCCAGAUGUCCGUGCUUGUGGUGUCCUGGAUCGUGUUGCUUAGAUGCAGUUUGCUUUGGAGCAGGAUAACUGCAUUCCUUCUUUCCGAGCUAGCAAAGGACAAAGUCCUGCAUACAGAAUAUGAAAACAUACUCUGUGUUCGCCAGUCAUCUUACAGCAAUACUGUCACAAAGGGAGUUUUUGAAAACUGAAGCAUUAAUGUCUAUAGACAGUCAUUUUCCUUCAGGAAACAGGUGUAUUAGCAUGAGCCUUAGGUCAUAAACUGCUUUUAAAGAUUGAGUUUGAAUACGGCGUUUGUCCAUGAGGAAGAGGAAAUGGCUUUACCUUCAGGACAAUCUCAUUGUGGAACUGCUUUAUUUAUAUUACUAGUAACGCUGUUUUAAGUGUUAUCCUUCUUAUUGUAUUUUAUUUAUACAAAUGCCUUUAUAUAUUGAGAUAUAUAAAUAUAAAUAUUAUAUAUA